GCGUGCAUGGGGUCGCAAAGAGUUGGACAUGACUGAGCGACUGAACUGAACUGAAUGAUAAACAUCAUCUUAUGUGCUAUAAUUAGCCAUUCCUGUAUCUUUGGUGAUAUAUGUAGUCAAAUCUUUGCCCAUUUUUAAAUUGUUUAGUUGUUUUCUUAUUGUUGACUUUUGAGUUCUUUUAUAUAUUUUUGGUACAAAGCUUUUUUGUCAGGUGAUAUACAGAUAUAUUCUUUCAGUCUGUGGCUUGUGUUUUCACUUUCCUAACAGUGUCAUUUGCAGAGCAAAAGUUCUUAAUUUUGGUAAAGUCCAGUUAAUCAGUUUUUCUUAUAUUAUACCUAAGUUCUCUUUACUAACUCAAGGUCUUGACAAUUUUCUCCUUGCUUCUGAAAGUUUUAAAGUUUUGUUCUAUAUUUCGAUCUUUGAUCCAUUUUGAGUUAAUUGUAUCAUAGAAGAUAUGAGGUAUAGGUUGAGGAUCUUUUUUUUUUUAUUUUUCAUAUGGCUGUCAAGUGUUUCUUCCAGCACUGUUUGAUAAAACUGUGAAUUUUUUCUGUAUUGAGCUGCUCUUGCAACUUCGUCAAAAAUCAUAUUUUUAUGGGUCUCUGUGUGUUUUCUCUGUGUGUUUACAUUUACUUUCCUCUAUCUACCUUUGUCUUCCUGCCUCUAAUAUUUUUUUCUGUUCUUGCUGUUUCUCUUUUCUGAUUCUCUCUCCCAUUUUCCCUUUUUCUGUCUCCGUUCUCAAAAUGAAAUGUAUGGGUUAAUACUUUUAGUUUAAAGGACAGUAAAUAUAAAGAAUGUCUAUUUUCUCUACAAGUAAGAAAUUCCAUAAAUGAAAUGACUUUUUCACUGUAACUCAGUUUUUCUCUGAAUUUGGGGUCUUAAAGAAAGAUGGUGAUCCCUCUUCCCAAACCAUGUUUCAGGAUUUUGCACCAGUGUUUUGAUUUCUUUAAAAAAAAAGUUAGUCAAGGUAAUUUCAAAUUGGCAUGCUAAAGAAGGUAAAGGUUUUAUUUUUUUCUACCAUGCUUUUCAUUCCUAAACUGUAAAAUUGAUUAUUGAUGCUUUUCCUAUAGGGGGCAGUGGUUAUUACUGCUGGAGCCACAGAUAACAGAAAAAUAAUUUUGAAAGCAACUUAAUUUUACAGCUUCUCCAAAACCAGCUUUAGAUCUAUUUAUUUUUUAAAAACACUUAGAAAAAGUAAGGACGAAAUUAGAUUUUGGCAUUUAAUUAAUACUGGACAGUGGAAUCAGGUAAUGUGAGUGACCAGUCGUUUUUGAGGCUUACAAAGGUCAUAUUUACUUUGGUUUUCUCAGAAUUCAGAGCAGUUUUUUUCCAGAAGAGUGCCCUAAACAUUGAAUCACGCCUCUAGUGUUGUGCCACAGCAUUUUAAAUGUAGCCCAUUAGAAAGUUUGUGGGUAAGAUAUUUUUCAUUACACUUAAUCUUACAUUUUAAUUGUUUGCGUUUUCAGAGAAAUGCCCUUUUUUGCAAUUUCUCUUUCUGUUAAUGUUAUACGAUAGUUUGGAGACAUUAAUCAAGAACUGUGUCAGUAGUUCCUAGCAUAACUAAUGGAUUUAAUUUCUGUCAUCCUGAAAGUGACAGUCACUCGGUCGUGUCCAACUCUUUGAGACUCCAUGGACUGUCCAUGGAAUUCUCCAGGACAGAAUACCAUUCUAUGAUCCUAGCAUAGGGUUAUUAUCUAGGAGAAUUAAAUAAGAUUACUUAAAUCUCAUACCUGAAAUAGCCAGAUAAUUACUUUGGCACUUUACUUGAGUUGUGACCUCUACCACUUUAGAUUAAGGGAGUCCGCCACCCCACCCCCACUUUCUUUGUUUUUUAAGAUAGUACAAAAGCUUACUUAGAUUUUUUCCCCUCUCAUCUCCAUGAAACUAUGAAGGGAGCAGGGAACUUGGCCAGAGACUGAAAAUUUGGCAGUCUUAAAGCAGUGUUGUGGGCUGAACGGCAUCAUACACACCUGAGCCUUAUUGCAGUUCCUUUGCAACCUCGUGCAGCAGUUGCCUUGAAUUAAGCUGCAAACUCAGGUUCCUUUUGGUCAGAAAGCUCAGCUGCUUGUGCAUACUUCUCUCAACCUUGGGCUGGUUGGGUUAAUCCCACCCUUCCCCAACUGGGUAGCUCUGCAUGUUCCUUCUCCCUCUCAUGUCUCCUUCUCAAAUCAAGUUCUCUGUUUGUAGGAGCAUCGGCUCUUCCUCUUCUUUUCACAGGGUCCUGACUUAACCUGGGCAAGCCAGCCCGUUGCUUCUGCUCCUGAGAAGUGCCAAGAUUCUGCAGCGCUGACUCCAACUGCCUUCUCAUGCCUAGACUUUGGGCUGCUUUCCGGAUACCUGCAUAAGCAAGCCCUUGUCACUGCUACCUAUUCCUUCCUGCGCUCUGCUUUUUCCUUCUUGCCACACGUGUGUUCCCUUCUCCCCCUGCCCACCUCUAUCCCCUGUACACAAUGCAUAAAGGAUGGAAAAAGUACUGCGGCCAGAAGCCUCUGAAUGAGGCAUCAAUGGAUGAAUAUUUAGGCAGCUUAGGGCUGUUUCGAAAGCUGACUGCCAAGGAUGCCUCUUGCCUCUUUCGUGCUAUUUCGGAGCAGUUGUUUUGCAGCCAGGUCCAUCACUUGGAAAUCAGGAAGGCUUGUGUCUCAUAUAUGAGAGAAAAUCAACAAACUUUUGAAUCUUAUGUGGAGGGAUCUUUUGAGAAAUACCUGGAACGGUUGGGAGAUCCCAAGGAAAGUGCUGGCCAGCUGGAAAUAAGAGCUCUUUCUCUAAUUUAUAAUCGGGAUUUCAUUCUUUAUCGCUAUCCUGGCAAGCCUCCAACUUAUGUCACAGAUAAUGGCUAUGAAGACAAGAUUCUACUCUGCUAUUCAAGUAAUGGUCAUUAUGAUUCAGUGUACUCAAAGCAAUUUCAGUCAAGUGCAGCUGUUUGUCAAGCUGUAUUGUAUGAAAUUCUCUAUAAAGAUGUGUUUGUUGUGGAUGAAGAAGAGUUGAAGACUGCAGUUGAGUUGUUUCGAAGUGGUUCCAAGAAGAACAGGAACAAUGCUGUGACUGGCAAUGAGGAUGUCCACAUUGACUACAAGAGUUCAACUCAAGAUAGGACUGAAGAGUGGGGUGCCUGCUGCAAUGUUGAAAAUAUACCAGAGGGGUACAAUCAAGGAACAGACGAAACAAAGUCUCCAGAAAAUCCAUCAAAGAUGCUCUUCCCCUAUAAGGUGCUCAAAGCCCUGGAUCCAGAAAUCUAUCGUAAUGUAGAAUUUGAUGUUUGGUUGGACAGCAGAAAAGAACUUCAAAAAUCUGAUUAUAUGGAGUAUGCUGGGAGACAGUACUAUUUGGGAGACAAAUGUCAGGUUCGCUUGGAAUCAGGUGGAAGAUAUUAUAAUGCUCAUAUUCAGGAAGUUGGAAAUGAAAACAGUUCAGUAACAGUCUUCAUUGAAGAGCUGGCAGAAAAGCAUGUUGUUCCACUAGUUGACUUAAAACCAGUUACCCAAGUGACACCUGUUCCUGCCUGGAAUGCUAUGCCCAGUAGGAAAGGAAGAAGUUACCAGAAAAUUUCUGGGGGCUACAUCCCAGAAAUAGCUAUGUCAGAGAUGGACAUGAAGCAACGGAAGAAGAUGUUCAAGAAAGUUAGAGGGAAAGAGGUUUAUAUGACUAUGGCUUACAGCAGGGAAGAACCCCUUCUCCCACCCAGGCUUCAGCACAGUAUGCAUUAUGGGCAUGGCCCUCCAAUGCACUACUCACAGACAGCUGGCAAUGUUAUGUCUAAUGAACAUUUUCAUCCUCAACAUUCAUCUCAGAGACAAGGUCGGGGAUAUGGGAUGCCCAGGGAUUCAUCUCGCUUUAUAAACAGGCACAACAUGGCAGGCCCUAAAGUCGGUUUUUACCCUGGUCCAGGUAAAAGGUGCUGCCAGAGCUAUGAUAACUUCUAUAGAUCUCGUUCCUUUAGACGUAGUCACCGCCAGAUGCAUUGUAUGAAUAAGGAAUGCCAAUUUAGCUUUGCUCCAGAGAAUGGACAAAUGCCCAGGGGCUUGGAAGAAACCAUUACAUUUUAUGAAGUUGAAGAAGGGGAUGAAACUGCUUAUCCAGCUUUACCUAAUCAUGGAGGGCCCUCUACAAUGGUUCCUGCUUCUUCGAGAUACUGUGUUGCAAGGCGAGGACAUAGCUCAGGAAAACAGCCUUUGAAUUCAGAGGAGGGUGAUGGCCAGAGUGACAGUGGGGGAUAUCAUGAAGAAUAUAUUUAUCCUCCAGAACCAGACUAUGACACUUCAGGUGUUUAUAGCACAGCUGAAUCUACUGCAAACUUGUCUCUUCAGGCUAGAAGACCAUGUUCUAUGCCUCCUCAGGACACAGUUACCUCAUACAACUACCCCCAGAAGGUGAUGGUAAAUUCUGCAGCAGUUGCAGCUUCCUGUGCCAAUAAUGUUCCAGCUCCAGCCUUACCUAACUGUGCAGCUGCUAAUCAAGCUAGUAGUACCACUUCAGUUUCCUCACAGAAUGCUAUACAGCCUCUGUUUGUAUCUCCACCUACACAAGGCAGGCCAGUGAUUGCUUCACCAUCGUAUCCAUACCUCUCUGCUCCUAUUCCUGCUGCUGCUGCCCCUCUACCACCUCCACCUCCUCCAUUACCACCACCAACUCCUCCUUCUCCUCUUGAGGUAGGAGAGGCUUCAAACUUAGCACUGCCACCUCCACCUUAUUCCUGUGAUCCAAGUGGCAGUGAUCUGCCUCAAGAUACAAAAGUUUUGCAGUACUAUUUCAAUCUGGGAUUACAGUGCUACCACCACAGCUACUGGCACUCCAUGGUCUAUGUGCCACAGAUACAACAGCAGCAGCUUCAUGCAGAGAAUUAUCCAGUCUAUACUGAGCCGCCACCUCUAGUAGAUCAAACCAUUCCUCAGUUAUACAGUGAGGUGGAGAGACAAGAUGGCACACAGGCAGAAGUAUCAGCAAAUGGUACUUUUCCAAAUGCUGACCCUGCAUCUGUCCCUCAUGGAGCAGUCUAUUAUCCAGUGAUGUCAGAUCUGUAUGGGCAGCCACCUUUGCCAGGUUUUGAUUCCUGCCUUCCUGUUGUGCCAGAUUAUCCCUAUGUUGCUCCCUGGCAUCCAGUUGGUGCAGCGUAUGGUGGUUCUCCGCAAAUUCAUGGUGCUAUGAAUCCUGGGCCACUUGGCUAUAUUGCUGCCCCUCCAGCUUCUCAUUAUGUACCUCAGAAUAUGUAAGAUUCAGCAGUAUGAAGUGUUGCACUGCCAUCUUUCUUGCUAUUUUGGCUUUAAAAAGUGUUUUAUGUUAGUGUUUAAGUGAUUUAGGGUGGUUAGAGUGGUUACUAUUAUAUCUGUCUUUAAGAUUAUUUUAUCUUUUGAUUUAAAAUAGUACUUUAAAAUAAAGGAGUAUUUCUUUGGGUUGUGAAUAACGAAAUUGAGAUGAAUGUACAACUAGCCCCAUAUUUGAGCACAUUUCAUUGUAUUCAGCUGCUUUCCUGUCAGCCAGCUUGUCAGCUUUAUAUUAGCUGAUUGUACCAAUUGAUAAAAGGAAUAAAUCAUACGAACUGUUUCCUUGGUUCAGAUGUCACACAUCAUAUUAAACAAUGCAAAAUUGGAAAGCCUUCUACUUUUUUCUAGAAAAUGAAGCAAAACCAAGAGCAUUUGCUUCUGGGUAACUAAAUAAUAUUAAAAGAGAGAGCUCUUCAGGUUUCUUAAGAAUCAUCUGACCUGAGUUGCAUUCUAUGAUAUUAACCAGUUUUGAAGGCACAUGGUGCUCUGCUUUAGAUUUAUCCCAUAUGCUAUUGUUUAAUAUUGGAUUUAUGUGAUUGUUUUACUGCACAGUAUUGAUGUCCUUUGCACAGUUAGCAGUAAAUAAAAAUUAGCAUUUAAAAUUGCUAAAA